GCUCAUUCUCCAAUUUGCUUGUAGCAUCUCAACCAACUACCCACUUAUCAGCGAUGAUCAACCUGGUGUUCCUGCUCGACAUCACUGGCUCCAUGAGCAGUGAAUUGGCUGGUGUGAAGGAGACUGUGCGUCAUCUCGUGGCCUCGGUGUUCGAAGAAGAGUACGCCGUCAUGAUCACCAUCAUCACGUUCACGGAGAGUUCGAAGGGCUGCUACGUGACGAACCACAGCUUCACGGAGGGAGACGAAGCCAUUGAAUUCAUCAAGUCGGUCCAGCUCUGUGCGCCGCCUGGGAUUCCUAUCGUGGAUGCCAACGGAGGUGACGGUGACGAGAACCAGAAGGCCGCUUUGGCUGAGCUACUGACACUAGACAACUCCAUGCCCACUAUCGCUUUCCUGAUCACCGACGCGGGUCCGCAUCUCCUGGCUGAGACCACGACGAGCGAGGCCCAGCAUGAAAUUAAUUACCUCAAAGAGAAGCACUCGAUCAUGGACUCGGACAUGUUCAACGUGCUCGCCUUGGUUCAGGCCCAUUUCGAGAACAACCUCAUUGUGAAUAUCGUCAAGUACAUCAAGAACAGCGACCACCGCAUGUACGGUUGCAUUGCUAAGAAGUUCGACGGAGUUCUCAUCGAACCGAAGGUGCGUGCAGCUCAGCAGCUCGCAAACGGUCUAAUGGUUAUCCUCUCCAAGAUGUUCGACCGUUGUGCCGGAGGAACAUUCACAGAGGGAGAUACUGUGAAUGAUGCGGCUCUCGACACCUUCAUCUUCUACGACCUGGAGGAGUUCACUGUACCGUCAUGUGAAGCCGAUGUCAUGCACAACUACCUCCCGGUGGCUGGAGAUAUGCGCGAUGUGCUCUUCGCCUUCCUAGAUCGCGCCACCGUUGUGAUCGGUGAUCGCUUCGCCAAGCGUGCGAUCGCAGCUUCAGGUUUGAGAGAACAAGUGGAGCUGUUGAUCACUAUCGCGCAGUGUCUAACCGGUAAACUCGGAUACAAUGACGCACUGGAUCGAGCCACUUCACUCGUCGAGAAGAUCCGUGAGUUGAUGCCGGAGGAGCAUCAGAGUCACUUGAAGCUCACUGCAGCGUCACUACCUGGUGUGCUACAGCAAAAGAUCAGCUCUACAAGUGAGCUGGAGGCGUCGGUGAGUGCCAUCACACUGCUUACGACACAGGAGGCGACGGAAGACGCACUGGAGGACGACGAUGUGUUUGACCCAAAGACAGUUCUGCAGACAGUAGCCAGUCUGUUCCUCGCUCACCUCGCAGUGCUGCAGCUACCGGAGAAGAACGGUAAGCCUGACUUUAUGGACGCGUGGUCGGCUGUCAUCUCCAAGAUCUCCCCGGACGUGGUCACCGCUAAGGAUUUUUUGACACUCAUCGGUAGCGAGGAAGCCACAGGAGGACUGAGUAUCAGAGCUCGAGACUACAACUACGCACAGCUCGUGGCUGACCCUGAUGACGCACUAGGCAGCGCUCUCGUGCGUGCAGCUUCAGGCACUCAGGUGCUUGAUAUCCUCACGGGUCUGCUCUCGGGUGCACCAGCAGGUCUAUUCUGUCCGAACAUGUUCCGGGGCACAGUGGCAGCUUCGUUGAUGGCUCUGAUCGAGCAGCGCGACGAACCCUUGAGCGAUUUCCAGUGGGAACUCGUGACCAAGUUGGUGCACUCGAUUCGACUUGUUAUGGGCGGAACGGAGCGUCUACCAACGAUGCCCGUGGAUCCGGAAGCAGCAAUAGGGAAGCUGCUGUUCCGACUGCUUCGUCGCACUGAAGACAAGUAUGACGGUGAGGCUCUCCUCGCAGUGCUGAAGGAGCUGUUGGCUACACGUGUACACAAGUUUAUCCGGUAUAACGAGGCCAGAUACUUGGCAUUGGUGGAGAGCAUGGUCGGGUACACGCACGAGAGCGUAGUGGAAGACGCGUUCGACCCGCACGCACUGGACCAGGAUGUAUGGAAGUUCGAUCCCAACAGGACACAGAGAUUUGUCGUACAGACUCCAUUCUUCCGUGCGUUUGAACGCUGCGCUAACAACCUCGUCCGCUGUGUCACCGUCUCACCGAACAAGUAUGGAGACGACACACAGGUGGUGCCUACUCUCCAGGAGCUUUGGCCAAAUUGCAGCGAGGAGCUGCCGAAGUUCCUGCUACUUCAGAAACGAUCGGCUCGAUACCGUAUCGUUCGUGACUCUGCAUCGGAUGGGAAGAUCAAUUGGGAACUAAACGAUACGUUAGACGAAAGCCUUGAUAGCACGACGUACCAGGCAUUGGCGAUGCAGGUGCUACGUAAGAAGUACGACGAGUUCUUGCGAGAACUGCGUGAGCGUCGAGCCAAUGAAGCGGCUGAGCAGAGAUGGAGUCGGGCGCUGAAGACCGCGCGGGCUUCGUCCAUGGGCGAGUUCCUGGCUCAACUUACUCUCGUCCGCGACAGUGCCAGUCGGGAGUACAAGUUGCUCUGGAAGGCGUUGAAGCAGCUCGCCAGCAGCGAGAAGACAGUAGAAUGCUACGAGCAGAAGCUGGAGGUGCUUAUUACUGGUCGAGUGAAGAAGAGCUCGGAGGAAUAUGAGAUCGUCUUCAACCGCGGAAAUCUGCACCCGCAUCCGACUAAACUCGCCCCAAUGUCGGAGGAUUUCAAGGCUAAGCUCCGUGAACUGCGUCGCAAGUUCGAUUGGCCCCUGCACCACAAGUACCGAGAGGGCAAGCCCAACCACAAUGGUUACUCGAACGAGAAACCUUCUGAGUGGGCCAAGAAGCGCUCGAUCGCCAAGAAAACGUUCUGGGAGGAAGAGUAGAGUAGAUUCGAGCUUGCCAUGUUGCACGUUGAAGUGGUGCAUUGUACGCUUUACAUGCCACGUGAAGUUAUGUAUACCACACGAUGAGAGAUCUUGCAGCAAUUGCAUUCCGAAUAGUGAUUCCUGCAAGUUAUCGAAAUAUAAAAUACUAACCAAGGCUUAGUUUAUCUUUUGAUG